UAAGUAGAGGUUCAUAAUUUUCAAAACAAGUCUCACCCGAUAUUACGGAAGGAGAUAACGAUCGACAGAGGUUUGCAUAAUAGCGUAGAAAUUCACUGAAAAGCGCGCCAAGCUUCCGUGGUUCAUCUACGCAUUUUUCACUAAAAGCAAUGCUAAAGGAAUCUGCAUCAUCCUCGAGUAACUUCCUCGCAUCGAUUCAAUUAAGCCACGACCGUGUCCCAACUGGACAAUCCGGUCAUUCCCUACAUUGCCUGCAUGGGAACUCUAUGGACUGCGUCUCUCCCGGAUUAAAUCGUUUACAAAUUCCCGGGACCGAUGUGCUGGAUUGGAAAACUGUAUUGUAUAAAGGACCGGGAAAAAUGACAAUCUAUCCUAAUAAUCUCUAUUUCCGUCCUUUUCACAUUCUGAUCACGGCUAACAAGGAUCAUUCCCUCUUACGGAUCCAACGCUACGAAUGUCGAUCGCCGGCCGCAAUGUUAUCGCUAGGCCUGAUCGGUUCCCGCGAUUUAGAGCCACGCGAUGCCAGCAAUCCGUUGACCACCUGGUACUUUUCGGACAGUGUCCAGAAGGCGCAACUUAUACUCACACUGGACAUCUGCCAAACUCUCCGCGACGAAGGCGCUAAGCGCGCGGAAAAACAGUACAACAUCUCGAAAAUUGCCCAGCCACUGACACCCUGCGCCCUCAGUCCAAUGAAAAACAGUUUCCAAAUCGAAUUCUCCACCAUUUCCGCCAGUAGUGUGGAGCGUAUUACACUGCAGAUGUGUGAUGAAGAAACCGAUGACGGCACGUCGCUAUUCAUGCAGCACAUCGCUAAGCACAUGAAAAAUCGCCAACACAUGCUGUAUCCACAUUGUCCCGAAUGGAUGACACUCAGCGACACGAUCGCCAGGGUCAACAGCAAAUUACUGUACAAUCCUCUGGUGUGCCGAGCCAACGGAACGGACUACAUUCAACCGGAUAGCCUUUUUGAGGAAAUGGUGAUUGCAGCAGCUCCAGAUCAAGCCCGCAAAGCAUUAGGAUAUAUUAAUCCGUAUCUAUGCAUUUUGGGAUAUCGAAGAGAGAAAAUGGUCUGCAUUCAGAUCUUUCACACGGUUCAGAGCAGAAUUUUUUGUCAUGAACAUCCGGACAGAAAGUUCCCAAAAUAUGAAUUGUGGAUCGGUGUGGAUGCAGGAUCCACGGCUUUCCUACGCCUUCUACGAAUUUUUCAAGUGAUACAUGCUGGUGGCGAUGGCGUGGAGUACGCUAAGCGUGUCUCAGCCUGCACCACUGAGGAAUUCCUCGCCCAGGGCCAAUUACCAGUGGACAGCAAUCGUACCUUCGUUCUACCACUCGGACCAAACAGACAGAAGACGGUUCUAGAGUUUGGCUUCAUUCAGUUCUCCUGCGAAGCCGUGGGAUACGGAAAAUAUGCCACAAAAUCGGCAACAUCUUCCAGUAUCUACUCGAUAGCGCCGUACAGCGCUCCCCCACUUCGACGUCUACACAAACUCAUCAAGAUUGUGAUAAUACGGGCACAAUGACCGAAUCCAACGAGCAACUCGGUUCACCAUGCGAGCCGGGCACCACCACCACGGAGAUCAAGGCAUCAACCUCCGCCGUGGCAGCCGAACCAGAACGCUGGGCCUGGUUGGUCGAUCGAGACGAAGUACGCAUCGACAUGCACACCGAAGUCUGCAUCAAUAUGCAGUCGGACUAUUCCGACAAUGAAUAAGAAAUUAACAGCAUUUUCAGAAAAAAUUUGCUUCAUAAGAACAACUAACGUCAAAUAUUUUAGUGCCUUUUGCGCAGCUACAAAAAAGAUUUAUCAAUUUACAUAACUCUUAAGACCGGGAGUUAAUACGAAUUCAACAAAUCCACACUUGUAAAGUUACAACAUUGGAGCGCCGUACCUUUGUACUUGUCAUGGACAUUUUUAAAAGCCAAUCCGUAAAAUCCCGAGGAGUUCUUCAAGCGCUCACUGACCAUCGGUUUCUCCAGCUCCAACGGAUUUGGUAGAUACUUUACCACAGCAUCCAACAACGCUGGAACCCCCACGUUCUUCAGAGACGAGCCGAUUAGUAAUGGCGCUAGUUGUCGUUUCAGGCAGGCCUCGCGGAUUUCGGAGUCGAUAGUCGCGCGGUCCAGGCUCUCCUUGCUAUUCAGGUACAAAUCGGCAAAAUC